AUGUCUGCAACAAUUGACACUCCUGAGAACAAGCCCUCGGAAAACCCCACCGACCCUCCGCUCAGCGCGGGUGAUACCGACCCAUUGUUCGCAGAGGCGUUCCCCAACGGCGACAUCCUCCUCAUCUCUAGGGACGAAGUCCGCUUCCCCAUCUCCUCCUCCACCCUCCGCCGCACCUCCGGCUGGUUCAAAUCCGCCUUCACCCUCCCCCAAUCCCCGGCCACUGGCACCCCAGAGCCGAUCUCCAUGGACGAGCCCGCGCCCGUGCUCGCGAGCCUGCUCUCGCUCAUCGCCGCGCUCGGCAUCCCGGAUCCCUCGGACCUCGACCACCUCGAGGCCGUCGCGUUCGCGGCGGACAAGUAUGACAUGCCGAUGCCGCUCGCCGUCCUGCGCGAGCUCCUCGCGCGCCACGUGCCUGCCGCGCCCCUGCGCGUGUACGGACUCGCGAGCCGCCUCGGCUGGACCGCGGACGCGGCGCGCGCCCUCCGUGCCGCGCUCGCGGUGAACGUCUUCGCGCCGCCGCACGCGGGCGAGCUCGCGCGGCUCGACGCGCCCGCGCUCGCGGCGCUGCUCGCGGUGCUCGAGCGGCGGCGGGCCGCGCUGGCAGAGAAGCUGGAGAGCGAGACGCUGUUCACCGCGAACUUGUGGCGCCGGCGGUGCGUGACGGCCAGGUGUGGGGAGCUGGAGGACCACACGACAUGGUGGGCGUUCAAGCUCGCGUGGGUCAGGGAGCCGUGGCGGUUCUUCGGCCUGCGGGACGGGGGGACGGUGAUGUGGGAGGUGCCCGAGCUGCAGACGCUGCUGAGGGACACGUGUGUGGGGUGCAAGCGGCAGCUGUAUAGCGAGGAGAGCACUUUAGAGAACCUGAGGGAGAUCGCGAGAGGACUCCCAGAAGAGUAA